UUUUUCCACGGUAAAAAAUAUUAGUCUUGACCCUGCAUGACCGAAAAAUCAAAUUGAGACGUGAAGAGCAAACAGAGGCAGCCAUGGAAAAAGAAGAAGAGGAGCGAAGAAGAGAGGCAGCAAUCGCAUCAUCACCAUGCCUGCGACCCAAUUUCAGCGCCAAAGGUGUCACCCAAGAUCAGCUAUCCAAGUUUCGUGAACUGCACAAGAAGCGCUUACAAUUGAAGUCCAAAUCAAAGUUCAAAACGAAACUGAAAGAUGAUGCUAAGACUUCUCAAGGCAAUGAUCAUGCAAGAAGCCAAAAAAGUGGAACUGAAGAUUUACAAGUUGAUGUCAAAGAAUCAUCAUGCCCCUUGAAAUGUGAUGCUUUUGCUGCCAGAAAGAAUGAUAAGGACUCAAAAGAUAAUAGUAAUACCUCUCUGGUUUCUGCACCAAAGAAACAAAAGUUGCAUUGGGGGCUUGACACCAAGGAAAGGUGGGAGAGGAAGUCCAACAUGUAGAUAUCACCAUGGAACUGCUGUGAGGAGGAUUCAUGGAAUUUCUUCAAAAUAUUUAAACAUGGGUUGAGUAUUUGGUAAAAAGACCUGUAAGUGCUCAUGUUGCGCUACGCAUGCAGAAUAGUAGGAUAAAGGGAAAAUCAAAAUUUCAUGUUUGGAGGCUUGACAAGUUGACAAAGCUGGAUUCAUUAUAGCUUGUAAAGAAGAUAGAUGACAGAGCUAAUUACCUUAUAAGGAAUUAUAACUAGUUAUAUUAGCAUAUGAUCAGACAUUGUAUAAUGUAGCCAUGAAACACAUCAAUGUCAUGCUGAAGUUCUGUAAAAAAUUUUACAACUAAGAAUUCACUGUGUCUCUCUGCUAA